GUAGAUGCUUGGGUUGUAACUGAACAAAAUUGAUUGACAUACUAUAAGCUUAAUUAAUCAAAAAUUUGUGCAGAACUUUAUAAAGGUCUUACAGAUAUUAGUGCAAAUGAGUUGGGUCCUGAACAAAUUGGGCGACAGAUGAUUUUGCCAUCUUCUUUCACUGGAAGUGUAAGACAUAUGUUUGAAAUCUUUCAAGAUUCCAUGGCUAUUACACGGUACAAUCAGCACCCAGAUAUCUUUCUUACAAUGACUGCAAAUCCCAACUGGCCUGAAAUUUCUUUAGCUUUGUUACCACAUCAAACAGUAUUAGAUCGUCCUGAUUUGGUUGCCCGAGUUUUUGAGUUAAAGAGAAGAUUUUUGAUGAAAAAGAUAGAAACAAAACAAUUAUUUGGAAAAAAAGUUACACAUGUUUUUACAAUUGAAUUUCAAAAAAAGGGUUUGCCACAUAGGCAUGCACUUUAUUCCUUUAUGGCUCAGACAAAAUUCAAUCUUGCUCUCAGGUAGACAAUGUGGUAUGUGUUGAAUUUCCUGAUCCGGAUGAUAACCCUGUUCUCUUUGAUACAAUUAAGAGUUGUAUAAUACAUGGACCAUGUGGUGCUCGAAAUCCACGCACAUCAUGUAUGGAAAAUGGUGUUUGCAUUAGGAAGUAUCCUUGAAC